ACCGAAAUGUACAAAAGUAAGCCCAAUGCUCCUUUCAAGCCCCCGCGGGUGAUAAGGAAGGUAGAGUCAUCUGAUUCAUCUGUUUCUUCAAGGUCAUCUUCUACUGGUAAUACUGUUUCUCGUGCACCAACAGGCAGACCCGCAUCGGUCUCUUCUGAUCUGGCUGCCACUUUAAACCCUAGCAAAGAUCAUGCUUCCGGUGCAUCCACUUUAGGUAGGAAGCUUCCAAGCAGGAUAAGGGCCUUUUCGACACCUUUUGUAGCAACACCACCAUUGAAAAAGCAAAGGCUGGAAGAAGAAGAAACUAAUGGUGGGCAACUUGCAACCACAGAAAAGUACCUGGUUCAAUGGCGUAAACGAACCAACAAAAAGAACAAGACCUGGGAUGGUGAUGGUUAUGCUACAAUAACUUACAUCAAUGAAACAACUACGGUUAUGGUGUUGAAGAAUAGUGAUAUGAAACAAUUAGGUAAAAAGACCUUUAAUGUGUUGCCAAAAUUAGAUGAGGAAAUAGCUAUAGGUGGCUUUGAACUAAGUCUAGAUGAGAAAAUAUCUACACAUGAUGCUGUAACAGCAAAUUUUAAAAAGGUAGCUCCUGAAAAUUAUACUGAAGCUUCUAAUUUCAGAAAACCUCUUUAUGAAGGGAAUCCUGAUGCGAUUGAACUUCCUGAUCCACCACAUUUAUCUGAAUUUAUUAAAGUUUCUAUUGAUCCCCAACUUGCAACUAAACUAAGGCCUCACCAGAUAGAAGGGGUUAAGUUUAUGUAUGAAUGUCUAUUAGGAUAUCGAGAAUACAAAGGAAAUGGAUGUUUACUAGCUGACGAAAUGGGAUUAGGCAAGACUUUAAUGACAAUCACGACAAUCUGGACUUUGCUUAAACAAAAUCCUUUCCCUCAUGAAAACCACUCAUUAGUUAAAAAAGUUCUUAUCGUUUGUCCAGUUACCUUAAUCAACAAUUGGAAAGCAGAGUUUAGAAAAUGGUUGGGUCUUAAUAGAGUCAAUAUCUUGACCUUGGGAAAUACCUCUAAUGAAAAGCAAGAGAUUCUAAGCUUUGGUAAGUUAAAUGUAUACCAGGUUUUAAUUGUUAAUUAUGAAAAGGUUUCUGCUCAUUUCCAGGAACUAUCUACAAUCGAUUUCGACUUGUUGGUAUGUGAUGAAGGACAUAGAUUGAAGAAUAGUUCCAAUAAAGUCUUGAAUCAUUUAAUAAAAUUGAAUAUUCCUCGGAAAGUUGUACUUACAGGUACACCUAUCCAAAAUUAUCUUGUGGAAUUUCACACCUUGAUAUCAUUUCUUAAUCCUGGAGUGCUACCUGAAUUAAAGGUAUUCCAACGAAAGUUCAUAAAUCCAAUAUUGCGAGCAAGAGAUAUAAAUUGUUUUGAUUCCGAGGUGAAGCGUCAAGGUGAAGAAAUAUCUAAUCAAUUGAUUGAAUUGACUAAAAAGUUUCUUUUGAGAAGAACUCAGGCUAUCUUGGACAAUUAUUUAACCACAAAGACAGAUGUUCUCUUGUUUGUUCCUCCCACUGAAUUACAGCUAAAAUUAUUUGAUUUCAUUUCCAAAUACUCCAACCAGGACUGUUCCAAUGCUGUUGCAUUCACUUUAAUUAACUUAUACAAGAAGAUCUGCAACUCUCCAAGUUUGUUACAACAUGACGACUAUUUCAAUAAGAAUAUACUUGCACAAGACAGGUCAUUCUUGAAUAACACCACAUUAUCAACAGCUUCUGGAAAAAUUAACGUUUUGGUACCAUUAUUAUUAGAAAUGGUAGCCAUGAAUGAGAAAAUAGUCUUGAUUUCAAACUAUACGAAAACGCUUAAUUUACUUGAGACAAUUCUUCGUAAAUUGAACUUGACAUUUCUAAGACUUGAUGGUUCAACUGCGAAUAACCUUCGAAACAAAUUAGUCAAUCAAUUCAACAAAUCUUCCCAAAUUCAAGUAUUCCUUCUUUCCUCGAAAUCAGGAGGGAUGGGGAUAAACUUGGUUGGCGCGUCUCGAUUAAUCCUUUUCGACAAUGAUUGGAAUCCAUCAAAUGACCUUCAAUCCAUGUCAAGAAUACAUCGUGACGGUCAAUUGAAACCAUGUUUUAUUUAUAGAAUAUUCACCACCGGGUGUAUUGACGAAAAGAUCUUUCAACGUCAAUUAGUCAAGAAUAAGUUGAGUGAUAAGUUUUUGGAUGAUGAUAAUUCAGCUAAAUCUGAUGGAUUCGAUUAUCAAGAUCUUAAGAAUUUGUUUGAAGUUGAUAUAGAGACAAAUUCAAAUACUCAUGAUUUAUUGGAAUGUGGAUGCGGUGGAGAUGGAACAGUUACAACUCAGGAACCCGAAUCUGAAAAAGAGGAGGAUGAGGAGGAAUCACAGGCUAAUAUGGAAGAUAAUGGUGACGUGCUACACAAAAGACUGAUUAAAUUUGCUUUGAAUGAUUAUCAUCACUAUGAUCCUAGAGUAAUCACUGAAUUAGAUUUUGAUCCAGUAUUGAAUAAGAUUGUUAAUAACAAGUCCUUUGAUGAUAGCACAAAAUUGCCAAUUACCUUCAUUAUGCUGAGGGUAUCCAAUGAGCAAAAGAGUGAUACGGAUAUCGAAAAUCAGGAUACAGAAGAUCCUGAAAGUGAAAAGGAAAAUUAAGUCUAUUAAAUACAUAUCUAUUUACCUUGUAA